UAGAAACACGUGACAGUUAUUUGUACAGAAGAAAAAAGCCAAGAGCCGCCCAUUUUCCAAAGGUGGCGAUUUUUUUGUGAUCUGUGAUGGUGAGUGUUAAAACUUCUGCAAUAAAACUGCAUAUAAGUCUCUGAAGAACGACAUUUGUUCGCAGAAGGUUUAGUGCUUCACUAGAAUAAUCAACAGGAGUUACACAAAGUUAAACGCCGGCAUACAAUAUUACAACUCUGAAAGAAACUUACACAAAGAUCACUACGGCACCAUGGCCAACAUACUCUUAGUUGUUAUCUCGAUUGGAACGAUUGCCCACGCAGCAGUCGCAGCGCCACUUGGCGACUUCACUGAGGACACAUUUGCUCAGCUGAUUGUUGAUGGAAGACCUGUUAUCGACCUAGAAUCACGAGAAGAAUCGUUGGCAUCAAUAGAGGAUCUAGAAGCUUUCCGAAGUCGGCUUAGGGGUUUAGAGUCCAUUGAUUCUCUUCGCGAACCCAUAGACAAAUUGCAAUCAAUGAAUGAGUACAGUACCCCGCUGAAGCGGUUUAUGUGCAACACACACUCGUUCGCACCAGGAUGCAGAGGCAAACGUUCGCAAACUCGUAGCGGUCACAACUUAAUUAGGUCGGGGCUCAAUAUCGGAUCUUCUGCACAUCGUCAAUUCGACAUUAACAACCAACCGAAGCGGUUCAUGUGCAACACACACUCGUCCGCACCAGGAUGCAGGGGCAAACGUUCGCAAACUCGUAGCGGUCACAACUUAAAUAGGUCGGGGCUCAAUAUCGGAUCUUCGGCACAGCGUCAAUUUGACAUAAACAACCAACCGGUCAGUUUCCGCACAGUAUUAAAACCGUUCCUAUGUCCUCUUUGGGGAUGUGGCAAGAUAGAUCAGGGAGAAAGAAGCGUCGACAGCGGAGAAAGUCAAUACAACUCUCAUGAAGUUAUUGAUGCACAACCUGUCGAAAUGUAUCCAACUGCUUCAAAGCAAUAUAAGCAUGGUUCUGGCGCGGAAAAUCUUGAUCGCAGUGAUCCGCACAUAAGCAAUUUGGUUGUGGGGUUGUGUAAUAACAAUUCAUUUGAAUGCAUGUGGAAUAUGCGAGCAUAAUGGUGUAUUUGCAAUGACUCGAUAUUUUUAAAUAAGUUGUAAUACAUACACGAAUACAUGAUAAUGGAUAAUAUGAUGUGCAAGAUGGAUGAUUAAAAACGGUUGACUCAAUACAAAAUUAUGUUUAUGCAUUGGCAUGAUCAAUCCAAAUAAAACUAUAUUGACGUGUAUAGGUGAUUAAAAUUGAUUGAAUACAUUUAGUUUAAAAGUGCAAUUGACUCAGUAUGUAACAGUUAUAGUCGUGUACUUUGCUAUUGUUAACAACCGGAAUGUAUAUAAUAUAAACACUGUAUUUGUAUACCAUAAAAUGUUAACAAGCAUAAGUGUCUUAUUCUGCAAGUUCAGUCCAUUAAAGAGUUGUGAACAGAUUAGGAUGUUUCGAUGAGUUUGCGUAUUUCUAAAAUAUGUGUAUAUGUCACAUGUAAACUUGUUUAAAAUUUAAUAUGAAGACCAUGUGACGACUCAUCGACACGUAUACUCGGAAAAUACCUUUAUCUCAG